UCGAUCAGUCACGCAGCUGCAGCUGUGCUAGCGUAGCCACAAGGAGGGUGCUACCACUAGAUCUGCACGACAGGACCACUUCCAAACACAAGCCUGCAGCUCCAGAUGUAAAGAAGCCAACAGCUAUAAAGAGCCCCCAUAAAACAGCCAGUACCACCCCCACAUAGCUGCUAUAUAGAGCGACAGGCCCACGCUCAGAGCUUGUCACGUACUCACUGAUGCCUACACAUGCAUGAAAGCCAGAGAAAUGAAGAAAGCAAAGAAAAGAGAGAGGAGAGAGAGAGAGCGCUCGUGAGAGUGAGGGAGUGAGAGAGACGGUUUUCCUCAGACUCAGUGACAGGUACUUGUUUGUUAUGUGGGAGAGCCCAAAAGCCUCCUAGUGCAGUGCAGUAGUACUUGCCAGAGCUUAUUGUGUACUAUGGGCUCCCCCAACCACAAGGCCCCAGCCCUUCCCCAAGAAUUUACUACGACAUCACCAUGGAUGCAUGGACGAUGCAUGUAUCCACCUCCCAUCUAGCAGCAGCAGGAUGCCCCCACCUCCUCCUAACUAACCACGCACGAUAGUAAGGUGACAAUUACCCUGCCCCAUCCGUCGGUACCCCAUUCGCCUCAGCAAGCAUGCGAUGCGAAACCUAUCGCUUCUAUACAUUUGGCACUCCUCCUUUGAGCGACAUGAACACCAGACCUUCUUCUUGCCCUUUCUAUUCCUAAUACCUUCUCUCUCCUUGGCUCUCUUCUCAUGCCCCGGCCGGCCCCCUCCUUAACUCCAUGAUAUUCAGGGCCGGGGUUCCUCUUCCUCCCAACAGCUACUCACUGUUGCUGCCGCUAGACUAGCAGCUGAGCCUGAGACAUUGUGCUGUACUUCACAAAGAGCUGCUAGAUAGCCUAGGAAAUUCUGUGCCUUUCUCAAUCCACCUGGUUCUGGUUGCAUGGGUGGCGGUGGAGGCGGAGGCGGUGAAGGUGGUGUCGGUGGUGGCGCUGCGACCGUGCGGGAGCCUCAUGACUUUGGCAACGUUGCGUCCUUCUCCGAGUUGCCAUUCCUGCGCUCCGGCGCUCCUCCGCGAGAAAGCCCCAACUCUGGCAUUCGUCUCUUCGGCAUUGACGUCCCGCAUGCAUCGCCUGAGGGAAGAAUUAAAGAAGCCACCGCUGCCAGCAGCGCGACCCCUUCUGCCACCACGCAGAGCAGCAGUGGAGCUGCCAUCACCGCUGCAAGCGCCGCCCCGGACAGCAACCGCAAGUUCGAGUGCCACUACUGCUGCAGGCAUUUCCCGACGUCACAGGCGCUCGGCGGCCACCAGAACGCGCACAAGCGCGAGCGGCAGCACGCGAAGCGGGUGCAGAUGCAGUCAGCGAUGGCCGCAGCGGCAGCGGCUGCUGGCAGCGCGCACCACCACCACCACCUCCUUGGCUACCCGCAGCACCGCUUCGGUGCGACAUUCUACCCGUCAUGGACCACGGUGAGUGGCGGUAUCUCCUAUGGCCAGCAGUUCUACAGAGGGAUCGGGUCGGUCGGUCAGCCAAUCAACGGGAACCCUCUGCCUGAGGCGCAGUGGAGGAGGCCGCUGGCUGCGCAUGGCAACAUGGGCAUGCCGUUGGCUGGAGAGCGGCGGCCGGUCACGCUGCACAUGUUCGGAGAAGAGCAGAGAGCUUCCCCUUCUCUUGGGGCGGCCUCCCCCUCCUCUUCCUCUUUACUGCUCUCCCCGCAAGGUCAGUCUGCUUGCGAGCAGCCAGCCACCACCGCAGCACCCGAGGGUGUGAGCUUAGAUUUGCAUCUAUAAGUGCCUUCUCCGUUGUUUUUAGUAGAUUAUUAUUACUCCGAGAACUGAUUUCCCAAUCUUUUCCUUUGGUUGAAACUACCCUUUUACUGCAUUCGGAUCGUACCUGGCUGAUAUUACCUUUUUCCACUCGCGGCUCGUGACACGUGAGUAAUAUGUCCAUCCAUGAAAGCUUUGAUCCUGCUAUUUGCAUGCACAUAAAGAACAUUAUGGGUUGUAUGAUUAGGGUUUACCUUUUUGAUUUAUAACUUUCAUGCAGCAAGACAACUUUAUACUCAAUUGCAAAUUCUAUGAAACACUUUCAGUUCAGUUAAGCUGAGUUACACACUAAAACUGUAGGAUAUAUACAUGUGAUUAAUUUUAGGAUUCAGAUACACAUUUUUAUUUCUCGCAAUUUAGAUAACAAACAGUACAAAUUAUUAGGCAUAAAGAAGUGAUGAACAGCUUUUUUGUGUUUCUGAGUAACAAUAUAAAUUUGAAGAGACUGAUGAAUAAAACAGAUUGUAGUCUAGCAUCCAUUUAUAGGAAGGUUAUCUUCAUUUUGGUGGGAGUUUACCUUUUCAUUUUUAAUAUAUAUUGAGAUAAUGGCCAGUCAUCAAUUAGCUGCCACAGGUCUGUAUGAACCUGCAGCUUAAUUAAGCAAAUAUACAUGUGAACGCAUAUAAAGUUCUGAAAGAAUACACACACAAAUGCAAAUGUUAAAAUAUUUUGAGCCCCACCAGGGGUUUAACCAGUACAUACGUUCAUAUAUAUGUGAGAAACUGCCGCUGCAACUUGGAUGCCCAAUAUAAAGGCUGUAGCUUUAUAGCGGUAGAUUCAGCUUUCUGGUGUUGAUUCAAGAUAGUUUGCACGUACUAAAAAUAUAUAUAUUAUAUGAUUCCAUUACAGUUGACUUCUUAAAGUUGACUAGGUAUUUACAGUGCUGACCCUAUCUCUCUAUCUAGAAAGCUAAGCUAUAUAUACAGGUUUAAACAAUGUACUAUUCCUAAGAAAAAGGGUCGAUGUCUCGUGUGGUCUUUUAAUAUGUGCCUACUUUUGAGUGAACUAUAUUAUAUUUAAAAAAGACCAGUAAAGUGCAUGCAGAGAUAUAUGCAAGAGAAAGAUAGGCGAGGGAAAGUACAGGUAUGAGAAGGGGGAGCAGGAAGGAUAAGGAGUUCAGAGUUCAGACAGACCAGGCACAUGAGAAAUCACAGCUCAAAAUGAUGAGUAUAUUCCCUGAGUCAGAAAGCUAGCCACCCAUAAUUAUUUCCCAACACCCAUCUAAGAUGUUAGUACUGCUAGCAAUACGAAAGCAACGAUACAUGGAUCUUGUCCUAGGGUUUCGCCCUUAUUAAGGUAUGAGAUUUGAGAUGUCAGGCUCAUAUCUUAUGUAAAUGUCUACUGAUCAGACUAGGCAGUGGGUGCUACUCUUGUGAGAUUGUCCAAACUGAAAGAAGGUCAUUAUCUUUUUUUGAGAGAGAAAAGAAGGUCAUUAGCCGGCUGUACAGAGAUUAUAUGAUGUUCCUCUUCUUUCACAGGAGAGUAGCUAGGGUGGAGUAUUUGCCUCAAGGUGCAAAUUAGUUCGAAGUACUGUUUUGCUGGC